UGUCUUACUUUAUGGAAGUCACUAACUAUCGCUGCGGCGCAUCAGUCAGUGCCAGAGCUGCCCGGCAGAGCGGAGCACGACUGGGUUGCUCUCGCUUGGGCUGAGAGUUAUUUAUUGAAGGGAGAUUCACCGGCAAACAUAACUGAGCAAGGAUGGCAGCUCUCUGAGCACCCGGAGUCCAACUUCUGACCGCGGAUGAAAGAGGGAUGCAGAGAGGACUGAUGGAGCUGAUCUGAGUCCUACCCAUCCCCUCCAGUAGCACAGCCGGGGGCACAAUGGCUGCGGGGGUGGCUGCGUGGCUGCCCUUUGCCAGGGCAGCUGCCAUAGGAUGGAUGCCGGUGGCCAACUGUCCCAUGCCACUGGCUCCAACAGAGAAGAACAAGAGGCAGGAUGAGCUGAUCAUUCUCAACGUGAGCGGCAGGCGUUUCCAGACCUGGAGGACUACACUUGAGAGGUACCCGGACACUCUGCUGGGCAGCACGGAGAAGGAGUUCUUCUUCAAUGAAGACACCAAGGAGUAUUUCUUCGACCGGGACCCCGAGGUCUUCAGGUGCAUCUUAAAUUUUUAUAGAACUGGCAAGCUGCACUAUCCCAGGUACGAGUGCAUCUCUGCCUACGAUGAAGAGCUUGCCUUCUACGGGAUCCUCCCUGAAAUCAUUGGGGACUGCUGCUACGAAGAGUACAAAGACAGGAAGAGGGAAAAUGCAGAGCGGCUGAUGGACGACAAUGACUCAGAAAACAACCAGGAAGGGUCCAUGCCAUCCCUGAGCUUCCGGCAGACCAUGUGGAGAGCCUUCGAGAACCCCCACACCAGCACCUUAGCCUUAGUCUUUUACUACGUCACCGGUUUCUUUAUUGCUGUCUCUGUGAUCACUAAUGUCGUGGAAACUGUCCCUUGCGGCACGGUGCCGGGGAACAAGGAUCUUCCAUGUGGGGAGAGAUACGCUGUGGCUUUCUUUUGCUUGGACACGGCUUGUGUGAUGAUUUUCACAGUUGAGUACCUGUUGAGACUCUUCGCGGCCCCAAGUCGCUACAGGUUCAUCAGAAGCGUGAUGAGCAUCAUUGACGUGGUGGCCAUCAUGCCAUACUACAUCGGUUUGGUGAUGACCAACAACGAGGACGUCAGCGGAGCCUUUGUGACUCUAAGGGUUUUUAGGGUUUUCAGGAUUUUCAAGUUCUCUCGCCAUUCCCAAGGCUUACGAAUCUUGGGCUACACUUUGAAGAGCUGUGCCUCUGAGCUUGGCUUUCUUCUCUUUUCCCUCACUAUGGCAAUUAUCAUCUUUGCAACUGUGAUGUUUUAUGCAGAGAAAGGGUCCUCAGCAAGCAAAUUCACCAGUAUUCCUGCUUCCUUUUGGUACACUAUUGUAACCAUGACAACACUUGGCUACGGUGACAUGGUGCCCAAGACCAUUGCUGGGAAGAUCUUCGGCUCCAUCUGCUCGCUGAGUGGGGUGCUGGUCAUCGCCCUGCCCGUUCCUGUCAUUGUCUCCAACUUCAGUCGCAUCUACCACCAGAACCAACGUGCCGACAAGCGCCGGGCACAGAAGAAAGCUCGGCUUGCAAGGAUCCGUGUGGCCAAGACAGGCAGCUCCAAUGCCUACCUGCACAGCAAACGCAAUGGCCUGCUGAACGAAGCCCUCGAGCUGACGGGAUCCACUGAAGAUGAGCAGCAUACGACUAAAGGCACCUCCCUAAUUGAAAGCCAACAUCACCACCUGCUGCACUGCCUGGAAAAAACAACUGGAUUGUCCUAUCUUGUGGAUGAUCCCCUGUUAUCUGUACGAACUUCCACCAUCAAGAACCACGAGUUCAUAGAUGAGCAACUGUUCGAGCAGAACUGCAUGGAGAGCUCAAUGCAAAACUACCCAUCAUCUCGGAGCCCUUCCUUGUCAAGUCACCAUGGCCUGACCACCACUUGCUGCUCUCGCCGUAACAAGAAGACCACGCACCUUCCCAACUCCAGUGUGCCAGCCACCCGCCUCCGCAGCAUGCAGGAGCUCAGCACCAUCCACAUCCAGUGCAGUGAGCAACCCUCACUUACAACCAGUCGUUCCAGUCUCAACAUGAAAUCAGAUGAUGGGCUGCGACCGAACUGCAAAGCCGCCCAGAUAACCACAGCCAUCAUCAGCAUCCCCACACCGCCAGCGCUCACACCAGAAGGUGAGAGCAGACCUCCACCCAGCAGCCCCAGCCACUCCACGAACAUUUCCACCACCACCACAAGCAACAUAGUCAAGGUCUCUGCCUUGUAAGAUGUCUCAUGCACGGAAGGCGACUGAAAGACCGGUGCCCCUCUCCCUCCACACCUCCAUGUUCCUUUCUUGCUGCAAAUUGUGCCUGGAUGGACAAGCCUGUCGGCUGGUUAUCAGGAUAGAGAUGGAGACCCAACGAGGCAGCUUUCUUCAGACUCAAGGACGUGCUGUGGGCUGAGGAAGGAUAAGGAGAGGGAGGAAGAGCCUUGGUAAUAGUAAAGCCUGCAUGGAGAGCACGUUGUGCCAUAGGACAGGGCAGAAAGCACCCGUGGAGGCUGAAGGGAAAGAACCGUCGUGGCAACAAGAGAGUAAUAAAGAAAACAGAAAUAUAACACUGUGUAUCGCAGCACCUUUUUAAAGGUUUUUAAAUGGAUAAUAUUUAUUCAUGAGGAAAUGACUGAAAAAAGGUGAAAAACAAUGGAUUUUGUGAAUUUUUUUUUUUUCUUUUCUUCAUGGAGAAAAACCUUUAAGCCAACCAAAACUUCACAUUUGGUUCGUUUUUUCUUUUAUAGGAAAAGAUUUAGACAAAGAAGCCACCUGUCACAGAAACCUAUUCCCAUCCCUGUGUGUGUGUGAGUGUGCAGCAGAGCCAUGUCAGAGCAGCACUGCAUUUCAAAGGGUAGAGCACGUCCUCAUUGCUGGCUGCACAGUAGGAAAACACAAGCACGUGCCAGCACAUGUGUGCACAAACACACACACACAGCUAUUUCACCCUGGAUGGCGUUCUUUACUUAGACACUUUUGUAUCCGCCUUUUAAGUCAAUACAGUGCAAUUGCAAACAGCGUGUUUGUCUGCUAAUUAUUGUCUGUGAAAACAUAUUUGUGGAGAAAAAAAAAAGCAACAAACAGGACAAAAAAAAUAAGGCUGCAGUAGAGUUUUAGUCCCACAUGGGUACCUGCUUUCUAUUUCUGUUAUCACUUACUUGUAAGGGUGUGAUUAGACCUACCGGUUCUGUAUUUUUAACAAGGAAAAACAUUAAAAGAUAGGUUGUUUUUUUUAAUUACUGUACACACAAAUGGCAAAGAAUGAGCAAACACUGAACUCAGCUGCACCGAGCAUUCUUAAGCCUGACAGAGGUUUCUUGUAACGUAUGCCCAUGCGUUUUUACUUUUGUUUUCUAUAUACUGAGUUUCUUUGCUAGCACUGAACAUACAACCCAUUGUAAAUAGUAGCCAAAUAACGUCUGGAUCUAUACUUGAUAAUAAGUAACCCCAGAGCCAAAUAUCUUGCAUGGACGGGAGCUAUUUGGCUUUUUCACAGUCUAGGUGCUCCCAUUUGUCUCAUCAAUGACUUCUGGGCCGCAGUGAUUUUGGGGGUAGACUAGGUUAGCAAUUUUAGUUACCCAUUCCCAACACAGGAUGUGCAUCAUGCACCCACCAGAGAAGUGGGAGCAGCACUGGAUUUUGGAAAGCAUUUGAUCAAGUGUUACAGACAGCAUUUUCUUUUUGCAAUUCUACAAUUGGUUUGAGAUAAUUCCUGUACUUCUAGGCAAUCAAAACCUGUAAGUAACACUGUGUGGUACUGCCCCCUAAUAGGAAGCUAAUACAGUUAGCUAAGGUGUGCUCAGUCGUAGCCCCUCUUUCUAAGCUCUAUCUAGGAAUGUUUUCUUAUCAGGAAAUACAUGGUCCCAAAUCAUAACUCAUUUCCCCCUCUCUAAGAAUAACAACAUUUCUUUUCUUCCAUUCUGCCUUUCCCAGGUCCAAUUUCCAUACAAAGCAUGGAGGGCAGAGUGAGAACACAUCACCCACCUCUCGCUCCCUGAGCCUCUCCCACCCAUCAUACACUGCCUGGCUAACUAUUGUGGUUAUGCACAAACACCCUUCAAGGCCCCCCUAUACACACACACACAAAUGGCCACCAACCCAGCCCCCAGCAGCCUGCACUAGAAUAGAUUUCAUCUAUCUUGUUUCUGAACAAUGAUUUUACCAGCACUACAGAGCAUGUUUGAGGCUGUUUCAGCAAAGGGAUGCUUUUCUUUCUUUUAAACAUCUGUCACAGUCUAUCCUGACAUAAUACUGAUAUACACAUAUACACAUAUAAAUAAAUGCAGACUCAUACAUGUAUAGAUAAAUAGACCUACAUGCUGACUUAAAACAGACAAGCUAGCAAUCUGCUUUGUUAGCACUCCUAACCUGUUAAUCUAUGAAGUAGGCGGCUCAUGCAUUAACUCAAUACCCUCCUUAGGAACCUACAACAUUCUAGGAAUAUUAGGGCUGUGGCAAAGCCUUCAGUAGCUGCAUCAGCUUAUAGUCAUUGACCCCGGUGCUGUAAUACGUUACCCAAAACUACCUUUAGUCCUGUUUUAAAUGAUUAAAUGCUCUGCCUUCUCUGCUUCCUGUAGGAGGUUAUACUGCAGUUAAUCUUACCAUUAUUGAAUUUUUCUUGAUGUUUUAAUUUAAUCUUCCUUUGCUUUAUUGAAUUUCAUUAUUUGUCAUCAUAUCUGCUCCCCAUCCGAACACCCUCAGCCUUGUAGAUCAGAGGCCUCGCUCUCCACCACUUUCAACCUCACAAUCUCAUUUACACUGGCACAGAACAAGCAUUAAACGCCACCGUGCUGACAGGGUACAGCGUUCCUUCCAAUGCAUGGGAGUAAACGAUUACAAAGAGACAGGGACUCAGCAGGGAUUCUCAGUGCUGCCUUUCUUUUUCAUGAUUCACUAUAAAUGGGACACUUUGACUCUGUGCACCCAUUUCUUGAUCUGUAAAUAGCAAUCGUGGCAAGGCCUGCCUAAAGCACAACGGGUGGAUUUCACUAUUAUAGAUCAAAUGCUUUCUAAUGUUUUUAAAGCAGCAAAAUCAGGAGGAAAGCCAGUCCUUGGGUUUCUGGCUGGCUGUUAAGUCCCAGUUUAAAGCAGUGCUAUCCUUGCCUUGCCUCUUCUACCAUUAACUCAGCCAGUACCUCAGCACAGACUUAUCAGAGGACAAAGACAGGCAGAACUGAGGAAGUCUGAGCCUAGAGGAAUAGGACUAAAAAUAUUUUUAAUUGAGACAUUAGCUCCCUUUAUAGGCUGAUCUGAAGUAGAAUGAGUAAUGCUUCCAAAAGCACUUAAAAAUGUGCUUGUACAAAACCUCCCCGGAUUGCCCAACGUGGCUAUAGCCUCAUUAUGGGAGCACUGUGCAUUCACUGAAACAGCAAAGACAAGAAUCUAUCGCCAGCAUAUCAGUGGUUGGUAGGGCAUGACAUAACAUCCCUCAAAUGAAAUGCAGGAAAGAGGCAUUUGCACACAAGAGUAUGAGAACUGUGCAACAGCUACUUUUUCCUACAGCGAAAGGAAGCAAUUAGCUUUACUGAACUGCAGGGCUCUUCGUGGCCUUUAAAUAGCAACGUAUAAAGCAUUGCUGUGAUAAAGCCAAGUCAACCCUGUAAAUUCCUAGAGCAGAACUUUAGCAGAAGGACUUAGGCCGUUCUCUCCAGUGGUUCCCAUUAUUGUCCUGCCUUACCUGCAUCACUCUCCCCACUACCAUGAAUGCCCACGGCCAAACACAUUGCAAUGGAUAUAAAAACAAAAGCACAUACCCCUGCAAUCCUUAUCAUUCCUGAUGCUUAUGGAAGAGGGGGCUCUUCAGUUGUGGGCUGCCUCCAGGAGAAGUAUCCAGAAACACAGAUAGAUUCCAGUCCUGACACCUUUCUGAAAGGUACAACACAGCCUGAUUGGUGAGACUGCUCAGCAAAAAAGGCAAUAGCAUAUCAGCAGCUCGUGGUGAAAACCUUACCCCUUCUCCUUUAAUUCCUUGCAAGUUCUUAGAGUUUUUCUUUCCUCAUGGAAAAAAAAAAAGAUGAAACCAAAUUGUUUGCACAUAAAGCAAGUAGAAGGGGAUUGUUUUUCCAGCCUUCCUUAAAGCAAUACUAAAAACAUGAAAGAAGCAGCACCUUUGUCCAAGCAGUUUGCUUCUUUCCAAAACCGUCUCUUGAGGGAAAAGUAUUUCCAUGGAUUUUCAGCAUAUUCUAUUGCUUCACUCUCUUCCCACCUGGCACUGCUCCCUGCAGGGCUUAUUCCAGCCUAAUAGAUCUCAAUGAUCCCAAUGAUUAUUCCCUUGCUGUUCAGCCAUAGCUCUUAUUUUCCUUUCCUUUAUUACUGUUACGUUCUCUCAUGUCUUUUAAAGUUAUUCUCUUUUCCAGAGGCUGAGAAAGCUGCCUUUAUUUGUGUCAAUGAUUAUCACUGUAUAAAUGUAAUGGGGAAAAGGUAAACUAAGUAACACACGUGGCUGAUAACAUGUUGCAAACCGGUAUCUAUCAUCCCAGAUUAGACAGCUUAAGGGAUGUGUAUCAAUGCCAGCCAAGGGAAGUGAAGUUUCUCCCAUUAUUUGGCUUCUUUUAGUAUGUUGGUCAUAAACGUGCUGUAUCUUACAUACAUUACAAAUUGGACUCAAGUUUAAUUUAUGGCUUACAACAACCCUUGUUUUAAUAUGUUAUUUAUGUCAAAUGACUGCACAGCUACAAAGCCAGCAGUCACGGAUGGCUUACAAACAGCUUUGAGCUGAAGACUUAAUUCUGCUUUUAACGUUAGAUAAGUAACAUGCCUCUUCCGCAUAACUUACCCAUGAGAUCUAUUCUAAAGCUGAUAACUUGAUUAAAAACAAAAGACUUCCUUCAACACUUUAAGCAACCGCACUAGCUAACUUGAGGUUUUUAGCCUUCACGUUUAUGGAUGCCAUAGAUGCUCUUACAGUGGUUUUAUACUUGGAAAACUUUAAAAGCAAACUCAAUGCAUUGUGCAUACUGAUCGGAGCCAGGAGAGUUGGCCUCAGGAACCAGUAUUCUACUCUUCAUUGUCUCGAUGAACCACUAAGCGAUCUUGAAGUCAUCAUCUCACCUCUCUUUGCCAAUUUUAUAAUAACCUGAAGCUCAGUCCCCAAAACACCAGAGAGAGACCUGAAGCAUACCAGGAAAGUACUAUAGUCAGAAUGCAGAAUACACUGUGCCAGAAAAACCAUGGGUAGAUUGUUCAAGGUGACAAAAGACCAUGUGAAAAUUCCUCCCUGAGUUUUUGAUCUCAGCCAAUUGUCUGUUACUUUCAUAUGUACGUGUGUGCACGUGUUGCUUUUUGGUUUCCAUUUAAACUAGAGUUAGUCACAGGAGGUGACGCAGCUGCGUGGGUGAGGAGUUCACCACCACAUCCAAUGCUCUUCUAGGUCCUGUCGCAGCCAUGACUGGGAGCUCCCAAAGGCUCCUCAGACCAAUGAAGUAUCUGACAAAACACGGGUGAUGGUCUAUUUUUGAUAAAUUAAUAAGGCAUUCCAAUAGCGUUUUCUUUAGUUCUAUGUUACGAGAAGCUCUCAACCUUAUUGUUUUCUAUUUUCGUACUAUAAAUGGGCUUUGCUUACAAACAUCAGAGGACAGAUACAAAAUGUACCGUAUACAACUGCAGGUAGCUUCAUUUGAGAACAACUUUCUAGAAGAACCAAGUUUCCUGUUGUCUUCUUUUGGAAUUGUAGUGCAUAUGUUGAAAACUUGUAUAUCAUUUACAGUAUUGAGUCUUGUGCCACUGCUGUACCUGAUGUAUCCAAUCUGGAUUAAACAGAGUAUGUGCCACAAAUA